AUGACCGUCGCUGACAACCUCGAGAAAGCUGACGCGGACGUCCCUUCUCAACUCUCAGACGCCCAACCGGGCAUGACCUCCUCCAACAUGUCCAUCUCUUCAGACAACCCGGAUGAGAAUGCCGCUCCUCCACCCCCCUGGAAACCUACCCUCCGCCUGGUUCUCGCCUUCGCCUCCCUGGCAGUGCUCACUUUGAUGGUGGCGCUAGACGGAACGUCACUGAGCGUAGCCCUGCCCACCAUCGCCGAGAAGCUGCAGGGCACCGCGCUCGAGGCCUUCUGGGCCGGCACUUCAUUCCUGCUCGCGAGCACCGUAUUCCAACCCACGUUCGCGUCUCUCAGCCACAUCUUCGGGCGAAUGCCAGUCAUCAUUGUCAGUGUCACGCUGUUCCUGGCCGGGGUGCUGAUGGCCGCGCUGGCUGAUAAUUUCACACUCUUGCUGGUUGGGCGCACCAUUCAGGGUGUUGGGGGCGGCGCCAUUAUUGCCUUGACUGAGAUCAUCGUCACAGACCUAGUGCCGAUGCGGUUUCGUGGGCAGUGGAUGGGCAUUUUGGGAGCGAUGUGGGCGCUGGGAUCGGUGUCCGGGCCAGUCGUAGGAGGUGCUUUUGCGCAGGUCGAUGCAUGGCGCUGGAUAUUCUGGCUCAAUCUGCCGUUCAUUGGUAUCAGUUAUGUGAUGGUCGUACUGUUCUUGCGGCUGAACAUCGUACCGGAAUCCAUCGUUGCCAAACUGCGCCGUGUUGACUGGAUCGGAUCUUUUCUAUUCGUCGCGAGCACAACAUCGUUCCUCAUUCCACUCACCUGGGGCGGGAUCAUGUACUCGUGGUCGCAUUGGCGUACACUGAUACCGCUGAUCGUGGGAGCAGUCGGGCUGAUGGCUUUCGCCGUCUACGAAAAGUACUGUGCAGUAGAGCCGAUGAUCAGGUUGUCGGUGUUCCGGAAUCGGACAGCCAUUCUGGGAUACUUCGGGACAUUUUUGCACGGCAUUAUCGUAUGGACGAUGCUCUACUACCAGCCGCUGUAUUAUCUGGCAGUCAAGGAGUACUCACCUGUUAUUAGUGGGGUGGCUUUGUUCCCGGCAACCUUCACGGUUGCGCCCAUGUCGGUGCUUGCUGGAAUCCUCAUCACUAAGACAGGAUCUUACCGACAGAUUAUCUGGAUUGGCUGGGUCGUGUCAACAUUGGGCAUGGGACUAACCAUCCUUCUGGAAGUCGACACAAGCAUUCCAGCAUGGAUCUUCAUCAAUAUUGUGCCUGGGAUCGGCUUCGGGCUCUUGUUCCCCGCUCUCCAGUUUCAGGUGCAGGCAGCAUCGACAAAUGAAGAUAUGGGGUUCGCGGUAGGCCUGUUUGUCUUCUUCCGAACAUUUGGCCAAGCCAUCGGGGUGGCUAUUGGCGGCGGAAUCUUUCAGAAUACCAUGAUCCGCAAGCUGGAAGCGUUUCCUCGUUAUGCGGCACAGGCGCCGGAGCUCGCCAAGGACGCAGCCGCGUUGGUUCAAGUCAUUCGGGCAACGCCAACUGGCACUGAUAAGCUGGACCUACAGAUGGCAUACACGCAGAGUAUCCGAGUGGUGUAUAUCGUGCUAACAGCAUUCUGCGCAGUCGGGUUGGCCUGCAGUCUUGUCAUCAAGGCCUACGAUAUUGAUAUCCCUCUGGAUACUCAGCACGCCCUAGUCGAGAAGCGUGUAAAAAUAUCCAAUGCCGAGGGUCAAGAGGCUCGAGCAGGUGUGAAAAGCUAG